AUGACCAUUACCGAGACAAAUCAAGCGAGUAUAUCACAGUUGACAAAUGGUGAUGAUAAUUCCAAGAGCAACGCCACCAGCAAGGGCGAGAAGACCCCGACAAAAGGGGAGGAUGCAAAGUCUGGCGACGACGAAGAACGACUUCGGAAGGAGUUUGUGAAGGAAUUACAGCUUUUCCAUGAGAAUAAAGGGACGCCAUUCGCCAGAUUCCCCAAGAUAAGCGGGAAAGAAGUGGAUUUAUACAAAUUGUACGUCGAAGUAACGAGUCGCGGGGGUUGGCUCAAGGUCAAUCAGCGGAAUGACUGGGACGAGGUUUUGGAGGAGGUUGGCUUCCCCAAUUCGAUUGUCAAUGCGCCUGUGGCUAUCAAGUACAUCUACCUGAGAUAUCUCGACCGCUAUGAGAAGCUGCACUUUCACGGGGAGGAGACAGAGCGGGCGGAUGACGAAGAUGACGAGAACAGGCACAAGCGGUGGAACGCCAGACUUCUGCACAAUGUUCCCACGAACUACAACUACCAUCAGCACAGUGUUUCAGGUAGUUUUACCGCCGUUUUCCUAUAG